AUGGGAAUAAUCGACAAUGCUAAGGACACAAUGUCCAAGGCUAUUUUUAGCCCUUCUACCCUUUUAUCCGGACGAGGCGCACUACACAUGGCUCAGAUCAUUCUGUCUGUGGUCACCUUUGUCCUGGCAAGCUUCAGAGGUGGGAGCAGCCAUACCUACUGGAACUACGCCAUGUUCACCUGGGCCCUCUGCCCCAUUAUGACCCUCAUUAUCACCAUCGUUGAGAUGUUUAAGCUUGAUCUCCUACUCGGAACUUGCAUGGACUGGCCUGACUUCACCACAGGCAUGGCCAUGUCCUCAACACUCAUGACCAUCUCUGUCGCUAUUACCUAUGCCAACUUCUAUGCCUGCCUGAAAUGUCUGUACAGGUUGAUAGUGAGUAUAUCUGCAUUCUUGUGUGGCUUUGUCUACACACUUGAAGUGGUGAAGGACAAAAUCCUGGACAAAAAGAAGGGGAGCUACCUGGCUGCUCUGCCUGGAUUCUUCAAGGUUUUGGAGGCCUUCGUGAGUUGCAUCAUUUUUAUAUCACUGACUGGUUACAGAGACAAGCCGGUUCUGAUCUUGUGCAUUAUAGCAUAUGCCAUUCCUUUCCCUAUCCUCCCUGUAAUCAUAGCCACCAACAUCCUCAAGAAACUGAAGACAUGUUUGCCUUUUAACUUGGACAGGUUUGUGUUUAUAUUCCUGGUGGUGUCUGUUGUGCUUUAUAUUUUUGCUGCAAUCAUGUGGCCCAUUUUUACAUUCAGAAACAACCCUCGUCCCAGUGACUGUCCACCCAGCUUCUGUAUCUGGGCCAUUCAGUUUAUGGUUGCAUUCAUGACCUAUGUGAAUCUCAUUCUUUUUACAUUGGACCUCAUUUUUACCUUGCUUGGUAUCUGUGGUUUUAAACGCACAUAA